AUGGUGGUGCCAGCCCGCUGCCCGGGCCCCUGUGCCAUGCUGGCGCUCAGCCUCUUCAUGGGAUACGGAGUGGUGCUCUGCGUCGCCGGCCAGAAUGACACGGAACCCAUCGUUCUGGAGGGGAAAUGUCUGGUGGUCUGUGACUCCAACCCGUCCUCGGACGGCGGGGUGACUUCUUCGCUCGGGAUAUCCGUCCGUUCGGCGGGCGCCAAGGUGGCUUUCUCUGCGGUGCGCGGGACGAAUCACGAGCCCUCCGAUAUGAGCAACACGUCUAUGACCAUCUACUUUGACCAGGUCAGGCGUCCCGGGAAUUUGCGCAUGCAAAUAUUGUCCCUAUCUGGAUAGAUAAUUCAUUUGGGGAUUGAUAAGAUGUUUAAUAUAUAUUUUUUCUGAAGCGGCAUACAGCAUAAUUUGUUCAUGCAAAUGGUUUAUGAUAACUUGACCUGGGUUGUGUUUAUGCGUUUGGAGAUUUCUUUCUCUCAAAAACUUGAGAGCAGUUUUGGGGAGCCUCUGCAAGAAAAUGUUGCAGUAUGAUAACGGGGACAUUUUGAUCGUUGUGCGUAAUUACCCCAAAUAUGCAUAAAAGCUGCAGCUUGAUGCAAAUGUUGUGAUUUGAAAAUAUGUAGGUUAUUGUAUAUAUAGUCUGGCUUGUGUAGGUUUAAGGGACGCGCAAGCACUGCGGCGCAACAAUAGAUGUGACUACUGCUGUAAAUUCUCCAACCAUCAAGUGGAGUAUUUUUACGCCCAGCUGGUGCGCUGGAGCAUUAUGGAUAGUAUUAUAUUAAUUCAUUGCACCCCCCCCCCCCCCCCCCCCCCCCCCCCCUCCAACAAAACCAACGUGUAUUUAUUGAAAUCAAUGAUUCGACUACUACGUUUAUCGACUUCAACUAUAAACAUUUAUUGUCCAAUUGGAAAACCGCAAGUGACAGGCGAGCAGCAUUGGAUAAUGUGCGUCGCGCCUUCACAGGACCACUCUAUUACGCAGUGUGAAAGUGCUUGGUAAUCUGGCUAGUUUAACCCUUGCCGUGUCUCAGUCUGUGAUAUGGUGACUCUGGGUGCUGAUUGUGCGUUAUCUUGUCGCUUUGUGUUGCAGGCUUUAGUGAACAUCGGCAACCAUUUCGAUCUCAAAGCGAGUGUCUUCCAGGCGCCAAGGAGGGGAAUAUACAGCUUCGGCUUUCAUGUGGUCAAGGUUUACAACAGACAAACCAUACAGGUAAGACCAAUGGUCAACAUUUGCUUUACUAUGAUCGCUAUUCAACGUUUUCUGAUGGUAGGCCUAGUUGGGCUAUAAUGUAUUGUUGUAGGCUAUGCCACGGAGCAGCCUACCCAAAUGGGCACAUUAUUGGUCCGUAAUUAGAGUAGGCCAACCGUACGAUGUAACAGGUCUGAAAUCUAUGCGUGCUGUUUCCGUUACACCAGGUCAACCUGAUGCAGAACGACUACCCGGUCAUAUCAGCUUUCGCCGGUGACCAGGACGUUACACGGGAGGCCGCGAGCAACGGCGUUCUUCUGCAACUGGAGCGCGAGGACCGGGUGUAUCUGAAGCUGGAACGGGGCACGCUCAUGGGCGGAUGGAAAUAUUCCACUUUCUCAGGCUUCCUAGUCUUUCCACUAUAA